AGGACCUCGGAGGGUCCUCGGACUUUGGGGCGCUGUCUUUUCCUACUUGUUACACCCACUUUUACAGCUUCCUCGCGUCAACUAAACUCGAUCCAAUCCAACGUUGAACUGGUUGAAAAACACGAGUAAGUAUUUGGUCGACUCGAAACGUAAGUGGACAGAUUGAUGCUGCGUUCACGACCUGGAGUGCUAAAUGUUUCAAGGACAAUUAUUUAAGGAUGCACCGGUCAAUGGCUCCCAAUUUAAGUCUGCUUGUUUGUUUUCAUAGCUGUAUAUCAGCUUUUACACUGGAAACCAGGACAGUUACAUAUGCAGAGACAUCCUACGAAUACAUAGCUGAUCAACUGCCAUGGGACAGUGCGAGCGAACUGUGCUACCAGCGGUCUGGGUCCUUAGCCAGUGUCUCUACUCCGCUCGAGCAACAAGGGAUCAACAACUUUUUAAAGUCCUCCAACAUUUCUGAAGCUGCGUGGAUUGCACAGAAAUUCACCACUCAUCUCCAAAGUUCCUCCGAGACUUUGACCCUGGAGUUCAGCGGGCGCUCGGACCGGAAGAACGCCCGUCUUCUUCUCAAGUUUCCUCCCAUGGGCGCAGUGACUGUUUGCGCCUAUUUACGCUUCGACCCAAACUGCUAUGGAAUUUCCACCAUAUUUUCUUAUUCCAUCCAGUCACAUAUUAAUGAGUUCCAGCUCCGCGCGAACCUGGUCCAAGGAAAGCCUGUUCAGCUGGCUCUGUUAGUGCAUGGUAUUCACGGCGCCUACCAAGACGUCUUCGACCACGACGGCUCCUGGCACUGGAUUUGCGUUUCUUGGAACCAGAACGGUGGACGCUGGACACUAUUAACUGAUGGCAGAUUGGUCUACAGUGGGGAAGGCCUGAACUCAACUGACAGCAUUGGGCCAGAUGGACUUUUUAUUAUCGGGCAGGAGCAGGACACCUACGGGGGCUCAUUUAAGAAGGAUGAGUCAUUCUCCGGCAGCAUCACCGAGCUUCACAUAUGGGAUCAUGUACUGAAUAGAAGGGAACUGGACACUACGGAAAAGGAGUGUUCACCCACUACGUCUGGGCUGCUUUUCAAGUGGAGCGGAGCAUCCUUGGAAAUAGACUCGUCCCUUACAAAGAUGUGGAGGAGCAGCCCGUGUAAAGGUAACGUCUCAGUUUUUGAUCCCUCGUUUUUGGACUCCAUCUUGGAGGGAAACGGCUUGCAGAAUCAGACGAUCUUCAAGAACUUCUCGGUGGAGAUUGUGGACAGCGCUGAGCCCGGCGAAGAAUGUGGCGUUUACGACCCCGCCUCUGACAGUGUGAGCUUGGACAAGUGUGACGCUUACAGAGGAGCCGUCUGCCAGUUGAGGAAAGAAGUGCUGGAUGCUGGGAGUUUCCCAAAGACGGCGUUCUUCCGCGUACUGAUACUGGAACCCUUAGCCAGACCUGAGCAGAGUACCGACUGGGACGGAGACCUCCUCUUCCUGCAUCAGCUGACCCAGGCGGCCCUGCACAUAGUGGAGACUAGCGGCUCCGAUGUCCUCACGUCCACCGACGUCCACUUCCUCUCUCAAAGGGUGGAGGCGGACUUGGCGGGCGGACACGCAGCCAGAGCGAAUGCAGCAGAGGCGAUGGUGUCCAUCGCUACGGACUACGUGAAGAUGGCCAGUGUGAUGCUGGAGCCGCACACGGCUCAGCAGUGGAUGGGACUGACAGACGAUGGGAUCAGCGUGGGACCGUUCACUAUUAUCAACAGCAUCGACAAGCUCACUGAGACUCUGGCAGACAUGUUGUCCUCUGAGGGAAGAGGAUUCUCACUUUCCACCAAGAAUAUCGAUGUGUUCAUCAGGAGCCACAGGCUGUCGGAAGAAAGCUGCUGUCAAUCAUUUAAACCGUCUGACAUGGGCGCCAGUGGAAAUGAUCGGGAUGAGCUGCUUAUCCCGGACUCGGAGCUGCAGAGGCUUCAGAAACUGGGACAUAAGGAUGUGAUGUUUAUUCACACUCACUACAGCCACCUGAUUGAGAUUUUAUCUGCUCCACCAGAGCCAUCUCUGAGUAAACAAGAGAAAGUACAAAGAACCCUCCGCGGUCGCCUGGCUUCUGCCGUCAUAUCUGCUACCGUCCGCGAUGCGACCAAGGCCCAAACCAUCCCUGUUGCUGUCAAGUACAAGCUGGGCUUAACACACGUGAUGGAGUAUGCACGGAGAUUUACCCCGGUGUGCGCCUUCUGGAAUUUCAGCCUCAUGCACAGUCAGACCAGUGGUUGGUCCAGUGACGGUUGCAGUGUCAUCUUUGCCGGGUCUGGUGUCACAUCCUGUCUCUGCAACCACACCACAAACUUUGCAGUAUUGAUGAAUUACUUAAAGCCAAAGUGGAGUCCCGAGGAAGAACUCGUUUUGACCAAGCUGACGUUCAUCGGCUCCGGAGCAUCUCUGUGCGCUCUGGUGGUGACCUUGAUGCUUUUCACCGUGUUGGACAUCCCACGAUCUGACAGGACGUCCAUCCAUAAGAACCUGUUCAUCGCUCUGAUCUGCGCUCAAGUGAUUCUGCUGUGCAGCGGCUCGGCCAUUCACAACAAGGUGGCGUGCACGCUGGUGGCGGCGUUGCUCCAUCUCUUCUUCAUGGCUGCCUUCAGCUGGAUGCUGGUGGAGGGUCUGCUGCUCUGGAGCAAGGUGGUCGCCGUCAACCUGAGCGAGGAAAGACACAUGAAGUAUUACUAUCUCAUCGGAUGGGGUCUGCCAGUGCUCAUAGUCACCAUCACACUGGCGUCAGCUUCAGGCAAAUACUUGGCGGAUGGUUAUUGUUGGCUCAGUGUCCAGAACGGUGUCAUCUGGGGCUUUGCAGGGCCUGUCAUCUUCAUCAUUAUGGUGAAUAUCAUGGUGCUGACGAGGGUGGUGGUCAUCACUAUAUCUACAGCCAAAAGGAGGUCCAUUAUGUUGCAAAUGGGUGCCAGUCCGGUGGAACAAGCCUACGAGCAAGUUAGGGCUGCUGUGAAAGCAGUUUUAGUUCUGCUGCCCAUCCUCGGACUCACAUGGCUUUGUGGCGUCCUGGUCCCGUUUUCCAUCGUGAUGGCCUACAUCUUCAUCCUCCUCAACUCCCUACAGGGCCUGUUCAUCUUCCUGAUAUAUGGGGUGUACAACACAGAGGUUCGGAGCACGGUCAACAGGAUCAAGGAGAGGAGAAAAGCGCUUAAUUUUUCAAACUGUGCGAGUUCCCGUCCCUCCAGCUCCACUUCUCGCCCUAUCAGUUUUCCGCAAGCAGCAACCCCGAGCCAGGAGGAGGCAGCCGCCCCCUUUUUCUCCAACAGCAACACGCAGGGCCUGCAAGCAGAGGACAGCGCCACAUCUCAGCUGUCCAUUCCUUGUGUUCCAAAGAGAGUGGACAACAACUGCGACCAAAGUUCCACAGGCACUCAUCUGCAAAGAAAGGAGCUCCCUCCCUCACCAGUUGAUGCGUCAGCAGCCGGCUGUAGCCUUCACGUCCCCAUGGAGUUGGAGUUUACCGCGUCCUGCUUCUCAUCCUAGAAGACCUUCAGCUCCGUCAUAACGGAUCUGACUGCUCUGAUGACGACGCUUAAAAUGGAAAUUGUGAAUCUUUUUUUGUUGAUGUUGUUUUUUUGUUUUUUUAACUCAAACUAAUGCCAUAACCUGUGCUUUUGACACAAAAUAUUGAGUAUUUUUGUGUUGUCGUAGUACAACUGCUAUUUUAUUACAACUUUUGCGACGUAAAAGUGUCACUUUUUUGUGCGAUACAGUACAUGCUGUAUGUAACUCCCACCUUAGGAUGCUCCUAUUUCUCCUGUUUUGUUUUAACACUUGUCACUGAAGCUGUGGUUAUAACAUGGAUGCCCGCAUGUGAUAUGUCAUA